ACAUUGCGUCAGUCUAUUAAACAAGAUAUUACAAAAUUAAAUCAGCAAAUUAAAAUUCUUCAAUCAAUUAGAAACAGUCAACCAUGUUUUAAUACAAAGCAAGCAUCAGAACACACUAAUAAUGUUAUCACGUCCCUACAGUCUAAAUUAGCUGACACAUCGCUGAAUUUUAAAAACAUAUUAGAGCUUGAAAUUGUAGAGGAAAAUCGCCAAAGUAGUUUUGUAGAACAGCCAACGCAUUCUCCUCAGCCACGUAGACGUACGAAUAUUAGCCAACACUAUAAUGAGGAUUCACCUCAGUCGUUGGGGAUACCUAUCAUAUCACCUGUACAACAACAAGUACAAUUGAUGGAACAACAUAAUGAUAGAAGAAUAGAAACUAGAUCAAAAGCAAUAGAAUCUAUUGAAAGUACUAUAGCUGAAUUAGGAAAUAUAUUUCAACAAUUAGCAACAAUGGUAGCAGAACAGCGAGAAACAAUUCAGAGGAUUGACCAAAAUACGGAAGACAUUGAAAUGAACGUAUUAGGGGCACAAAGUGAGUUAUUGAAGUAUUAUAGAAAUAUCAGUUCAAAUCGAUCUUUUAUUCUCAAGCUGUUCAUGACUAUCAUUUUACUCUUCUUGCUUUUUACUUUUAUAUUGUAAAGUCAAUUAAUAAAUAAUAUAGAAUUAUUGAAUAAUGCAUGAUAUAAUCA